UUACUUCAGGGUUAGCUACUAGGCACGAAUCAUUAUCAAAAGCAUGGCAUCGGACACAAGCCUUGCAAUGCAUGCGAGUUCCACAUCGCCAUGGCCACCUUCGUCUACCUCAAGCCAAAAUGCCGACACGGGAAGAAACCAAAAUCCAAAGCGAAAGCGAAAGCAAAAGACACCAAAAGGGAAAAGCCAGAUGCAGGCGAGAAUAAAGGCGCGGAAUUGAUUUUGAAGCAGCUGCGCCGACCAGCUUACAAACUCAAGCUUCUCUCGCGUUCGAUUCCUUGCCACAAUUAGCAAGAGCUCCUAUUCUUCAAUUCUCUUCCAACAGCUCUCCACUUGUCACUCACCGGGGCCUCGCGGCGGCGGCCGCCGGCUACGUACUCCAUGGCCUCUUCGUCGUCCUCACCCUCCAACCCCGCGUCGCCACAGCCGCCGCCUCUGCUGCUGCCGCCGCCGGAGCCAGCGUCCGGCGGACCCAUGCCUCCGCCGCCGCUGCCGGACGUCAGGACCAGGCCCAGGCCGAGCCCCACCGUCGCCGAUGGCGUCCGCGGCCUGCUCAGGUCCGGCGAGGCGCUCAUCCGCGCCGUCUUCGGGGGUAACUCCGGCCAGCCGCGACUUCCCGUGAAGCAUCAGCAGCAUCACCUUCACCACCAGCAGCCACAACAGCACCCGCAUGCGCAUCACCGCCCUGGUGAUAUCAUGAAGCGCAUACAAAGAGAAACAUUUUCCGAUGUCAUGAAGUUCAAGGAGAAACAUGAUCAGAUUGAACACAUCCUUUCGUUAUAUAAAACCGGCAAGGGGUUUGAGUUCCUAGAUCUCCCUAUCCAGGUGAAAAUAGCACUUGAUGCAGUUGGGGCACUGUUUUUUGUCGACUCUACUGAAUUCGAACAAGCAAAAGCAACCCUUGACAAGGUGGGGAGAAGAACGGGCCUCAGUUCAAGGUUCGUCUUUGAGUCAAAGACCAGGGGCAAAGACACCAUUGCUGCAGAGCUCUCAACUCAGCUCGGAGCAGGUGGCCAUUUGGGGAGACCUGUAGAACUGACUAGGCUGCAGUACAAUGCCCGGAUCAAAAAAUGGCUGACGAUGACUUUAGUCCCGUUUGGAGCCCAGUGCAACAACUUCUUGCAUAGUUCAAGCAUGAUUCAGAAUCUACAGAGUCAAGCCUCUUUUGAAGGUCCACCUUCAUUUUUCGAACAUCACAACUGCGGCGCUGGUUUCAGAAUGGAAGGAUCCAAAUUCACUGCCUCCUUUGCUGAGCUAAUCUUCGGUUCAGGAGGACUAGACAGUGGGGGCGGAGGAACUAACCGCAUGACAACAUUCGGGCAAGUGUCCUGCAAACCAGCCAAUGAUGUCAAGCUCAGUUUGUCAGGAAUUUGGCAGGUCCACUCCUUGUCGCCCCGGUUCAACAAUCUUGGAAUCCUUGCUAUUCCACUAGGCAGCCUGAAACCAGGAAACCCCACCGUAAGCGGUACAGGAGAACAAACCGAAUUGAGUGUGAAAUUCAACAAUCAGACUGGUGCCCGUGCCACUUCACACACCGUAGUGGCAGUGCAUGGUGCCUCUCCUGAUGUGCAGCUACCGCAGUCUAUGGCGCUGAUGGCGGACUGCGAGCUGUACAAAACUCUCAAGACAGAAGGUUGGCUUCAGAUGGAGAGGUCCAACCAUGGACCAGUGCGCUGGGGCUUCUCGUUGUCCGACAUCCCGGAUAACGAACUCGGGUGGGGGGUGAAGGUGAGCGGCGGCACGACUGAAGAGAUGAGGAGGAGGAAUCAGCUGCAGCACCUGGAACUGGAAGGGUUCCUCAACUUCAACCUUGGUAAGGGCGCAAGGUUGCAACCAGGACUUGUGUAUGCCAAAAUGGAGAGUAAGAUGACGCCGGCGCUGUUUCUGCGCUCGUCGUGGGCCAUGUGAUUUCAUCCUUAGAGCAUUGUGGUUUCUGGUUGUGAGAGCUAUCUUCUACUUCGUCUUGUUUGGUCACCUGUUAACCGCUGUGACCUUGUUGCAGCUAAUAACCAUUUUGACUGACAUCCUUGGAGUCUACUUUGGAACCCCCACAACACACAACAGCAUUGUUUGAGUGAUUUUCUGUCCAAGGAUUAUGAUACUUGUUCUACAGGGCAAUAGGAUCAUAAAUUUUCAUAAUACUUGUACAGCUUUAACUAAUUUUGCAAUGCCCAACAAAGCGCCCCACCCACACAGCACACACCAAGUAUAAAAUCUGAAAACUAGAUUGCAGAACAAGCCGAGUAAGACAAAGAUGUUGCAUCAAGCAUCCAAACAACAACCAACUUGCAAUCACAACCAUUUUCACAAUUGCCCACAUAGAGGCAGUGGCAGAGAAAUGCAAGGGCGAGCCAGCAUGCUAAUUGCUAAACAACUAACGAAUUUAAUACAACUGAACAAGAUUUGCAACUAAGAUGAUGUAAGUUCUCCCAGGCUUGGAGUACAGACUAGCGAUGCCUUAAACUGAACAAAGUGCUGAUGAAAA